AUGCCUCAAAGAGUUUCUAUUAUAGACGAGAGAAGGAAGUCAAGAAGAAGCACUCCUCCGAAGAACAUGACUCCAGGCAAUUACCAGCACCGUUCAAAGAAGAGAUUAGAUAAUCAUCAGUUUAGCCACGACCCAACUUUUGGACUCACAGGUGUUGACCAAGGAGGCCAUCAGACUAAGCCAAAGAGGAUCCAUGAGGCUAACUCAGGCCGUCUCCCAACAGAAGAUGAUGCCAGGAACAGAUCUAUGUAUGAAAGGAGUCCCUUUGGCCUAAGUAUCGGUAGGAUUGACCAAAAGUAUGAACACUGGAGAACAGUAAGAGAGCGUAAGCUAAAACUAUCCCAAGAUUACGAAUCUCAGAUUGAAAGUAUGAAGGAAAAAGAAAGGACUAGAGAAAAGAGCUACAACAAGUUUCUCAAAUCAGAACGAGAUAAGAGGAGGACCCAAUUCCACAAAUGGGGUGAUCGCAGACAAGCUGCUAAGAAUUAUCAUGACAGGUCCAUUAAGGAUAUCGAAGACACCAGUUAUCUAGAUUAUAAGAAGAAAAUUAGAGAAUUGAAGAAGAAAGAGAAAGAAAAGGCUCAAGAGGAAUAUGACAAAAUGAAGGAAGAUAUGAGCAAUACAUUUAUGGUAGCUGGUGCUAGAGAUAAGCAACUCAUUAUUCAAAGCCAGCAACGGAUGGACAAUGAGUACACUGAGAGCAGAAUGAAGCUCAAAAAUCUGGAUGACAAGAUGCAGACGGUUACUAAUAGACUCAAUGAUAAUUUCAAAAAGAGAAUUGAGAGUUUGAACACUCAGAAUACAAGGACUCAUGAGAUCAAAACCAAAAUGGAUAAAUAUGAAGAAGAGGCUAAAGAAAAGCAUUUCAUGGACUAUUUCAAGAAGCAGAUGGACUACAUGAAGAGGAUGAAGAAACUCAAGAAGGAGCACAACCGGAGACUGACCGAGAAAAAUAACAAAUCUAUAGAUGUUAGACAAGUGGUAGAUAAUAAUAAAAGAUCUAAGGCUGUUGAAUUCGAAAUGUUCAAGGAUAAAGUCAAAUCAAAGCACAAAAGAAUCAACAGUAGUGUGAAUAAGGAGUCAAAAGAGCAUGAAGUUUCAGAGAGGAUCCACUCUACUAACCAGAAGAGGCAGCAUCGUCAUUUGAAAAUUAGGAAUCAUCAGAAAAGAUUACAGGAGAGAUUCAAGCAAAGUGUUAUCGAAAAACAUCUCACUAAGCUGAGACAUAAGGAGAUCCUUCAGAAAAAGAAAGAGGAUCUCAUGGAGUUCUCCCUUCUGAAGCAGAAAGAAGCACUAUAUGAAAGAUAA